AUGGAGGAAAAUACUAACUGUAAGCCUAAUGAACUUGGUGGAGCCUCCGAUGCAAAUAAUGCUAAUGAUUGGAGAUCACAACAUGAGCCUCAAUUACGGAAAGGGUGUCUUUCGAAGAUAGUUGAAUUUUUGAUGGAAAUUUUUCCUAUGAGAGGUGAUGUUAGCGACAUUGCUUCCAAAAUUGAGGAGAAGACUUAUAACGUUGCCGUAGAUAAGACUGAUUAUAUUCGGAAACUCAAAGAGCAGAUGCAUGCAAUAAAAACGUACAAAAAUGUGCAAUCAGGUUCUUCUGCCAAUGGAGCCAAUACUCCAGCUCCAGCUCGAGUAGGUAUGAAUCAAGCGCAAUUACUUCCGACCUCAUUGCCGUAUACGCAAACUCCAACAAGCCAAAGAGGUUUACUGCAAAACACACCGAGCAAUCUCAACGUUCCCUCUCGUUUGCCAACUCAGGCCCCUCUAACCGCUUCGAUGGCCCAAAACGUAAACAUUCACAUAGGUGAAGGAGGUCAGGUAAAUGUUGUUCCUGGUUCUCAAAGAGAGAUGCAAGGAAGGCAAUACCAUCUUCCUCAACAACAUCAACUGAAUCAAUACCUUCUGAAAGAAAAAACCUGCCAUGGGAAUUUGCGACCACCGCAUAUGCAUCCACAAAGUCUUUUAAAACAACCUAUUCAGCAGUCCUUGUCUCAAUCUUCUGAUCAUUCUAGUUUAUCAUCAUCAGGUCAACAAACUUCUAUCCAACAAAACUCUCAAUUGCUGCCAGGACAUCAUUUUCCGACACAGCAGGUCCGUUCUAGUUCUCAACCCCAGAUGGUUCUACUGUCCCAGGAACAUAGUGAACUGAUGGAUGUUCCAAACACACAUCAGAAUCAUCCAACAUCACAACAAAAUAUCCAAGAGCAACAAGGAGCUUUUAGCGUAUCAUCUUCCCAAGAGAACAAUGUCGCUAGCUCUCAAAAAAAGCCACACCAUAAUAAUAAUACCCUCCAAACUAUGCCCCCACAACGCCUUAAUAAUGCUUCAGGCGUGCCCUCGCAACGGCAUCAUCAAUCUGGUAACUAUAAUGCGCCUGGAUCAAGUUUGUUGGGUACUCAUGGUCAAGAAGUUGGACAAUCUCAACCUAUGAUGUCACAACAAUACCAACCGCCAUAUCCGAUGCAUCAACAGCCUCAGAAAAGAAGCUCACAACAAUAUUUGGAUUCUUCACAGAAUUAUACGCAAAGGUUUCAAUCAUCAAGUUCCUUACACCAAACCCAAAAAAUAGCAAACCAACAGAAUCAUCCACAUCCAUCACAGAGAGCACCUUUGGCAAAUCCAUCUAGUAAUGUU